AUGCAUUUCUUCAGGUCAAACAAUAAGGCCAGAGGCCACAAGACCAAGGCCCUCGCUCCUGCCCCCGCCACACCAUUUGACCCGUACUACGGGUUCUCCGACGGGUUUUCGGGCUCCCAGAGCCGUAGGGGAAGCGACUCCUCCAGCUACCAGCACCAGUCCCCCUUUGAGGGCGGGCAAUACAUUUGCGCCUGCAAGGCCUGCACUUGCGGCGAGAGCGUCCAGUAUCCCGGCGAUAUGUCGACGAUGGUCGUCUUCUUUGGUACCUUCGAUCGCCUCGCCAAGGACCUCCCUCAACUCGAGUACAGACGUUUCUGA